AUGCAUCCUCUCACUAUUACUGUUUAUGACCGUAAUGUAAGGCACAUGCUAAGUGAUGAUAAUCAAUCGAGCAGUCAUCAUACACCAGACGGUAAUUCUCAUGCUAUGUUCCCUACAAAUAUUAAAUACGUCUUUGAAGAUGAUGAUACCAGUUUAGCACCAACAGAAUCUGAAAAUGAUGAUGGUAUUGAAAAUAUGAUCAUUGUUAAUUUGGAAGAGUCAGGAACUCUAAGCGGUGUAGAAUUGAUUAGUGAUCAAUUCGAGAUGUUAUCGUAUAAGGGGGUGACCAGUGGUAAUGAUCCAAUGGUAGACGAUGUGGAACUGGAAGUGGUUUCUCAAUUUACCGAUUUAUCGAAUUUAGUUCAUGAUCUACCGCUAGAUGAACUGAUUAGACUUUACGUUAUACAGAAUGAACAAAUGCAAACGAUUUCAAAUUCCAUGUGA